GUUGUAAGAAAGGGGAAAUGACAACGAAUCAAGGAAGUUUCACAAGAAAAACACAAGAAAAAAGGGCCAAGAAAAUCAAUCGGCAGCAAUCACACAACGCGUUAUAUUUCAUUUAACGGGUCGGUAUGUGUGACGUCACGGCGGAGACGCCGGUCCGGACUCUCCGGUUCUCGACACUGAGGAAACUGUCCGAUCUGCUGGACCCGCAGGGCACGUGGAGAACUGUGAUGAUGGACAUCAACAAACCCACCGGAGAAGCCCGAUACACACAGUUACACCUCAGGAGGUUUGAUGCUGUUGUGGUCCAGGGUAAAAGUCCCACUAUAGAGAUGCUGUCUGACUGGGGCACCACAAACUGCACUGUCGCAGAUCUGAUGGAGAUUCUGAUCAGACACAAGCUGUUCGCCGCCGUCAGCGUCCUCCUGCCAGAUUAUAAAAUCAGUCAGAUUGAUAAACGCUCAACAGAUGCCGCGUUGCAGUAUAAAGCAGCGACUUCUGCGCCCGUGGCGUUCCUACAGGGCAGCGCCUGUCCCGAGGUGACCAAACCUGUAGAGGACAUCACGAAAACCCCGAGGGAGCCAGACAGCUCCACCGGACCCGAGGACAUCUCAAAGAGUCUCAUCACAUGGCGCAGCAGUGAAGGUUUCUACAGGUUCACUCACGGCGAGCUGACGGUCAUCACGGGAAACUGGGACGAGCGUCCGGUGUCUGAGGGGGGGUGUCGACUGGGAGCCGGUGGUUUUGGUGUUGUGUUCCGAGGGCUCAUGGGUAACACGCCUGUAGCCGUCAAAAAACUCAACCCUAUGGAUGACAGCUCUCCUGAGGACCUGAGGAAUCAGUUUAAUCAAGAGAUCCAAACACUCAAGAGCUUGAAACAUGUGAAUCUAGUGGAGAUGGUGGGGUAUUCCAGCGACGGGCAGCAUCUGUGUUUGGUUUAUGCCUUCAUGCCCAACGGAUCUCUGCUGGAUCGACUGGCAUGUCUGGAUGGGAGUCCUUCUCUCUCGUGGCAGAUGAGGUGUUCCAUCGCCACGGGAACAGCCCGAGGUCUGGAGUACCUGCAUUGCAAUAAUCACAUCCAUCGUGAUGUAAAGAGUGGAAACAUCUUGUUGGACCACCACUUCGUUCCCAAGAUCUCGGACUUUGGUUUGACGCGAGCGUCUGGCAAACGCUCGUGUUCGACGGUGAUGACGGAGAGGAUUGUGGGUACUACGGCUUACAUGGCGCCGGAGGCUCUGAGGGGAGAGAUCACGCCCAAAUCAGACAUCUUCAGCUUUGGCGUGGUGUUGCUGGAAAUACUGUCUGGACUUCCUCCGGUCGAUGAAAGCCGUGAUCCCAAACUUCUGAUGGAGAUGAAGGACGAGAUCGAUGACGAGGAGGCGUCUCUGGAGGACUUUAUAGAUCAGAAGAUGAAGGGCUGGAGGAUGCAGGAGGCGGAGAAGAUGUAUGAAGUAGCAUCUCAGUGUCUGUGUGAGAAGAAGAAUAAAAGACCCCCCGUCACAGAGGUUCUGUCUGCGCUGGAAGAUGUUUGUGAUGAACAUUGCCAAAGCUCGCGAUGAGAAGACACGCAUGAUUAUUCAUCAUCACAAGGGUUCCCUUUGUCUUGAUCAUGAUGGAAUUCUGCCCAGCGAUGGGAAGCUUUUUUUAAAGAUGCAGAAAAACAAGACGAGAGAUCAAGACGGUUAUCUUGUGUAACAGUUGCAUAGAAAAAUGAGCAUCUCAUGACAUCCUCAACCAAACAUGAUCGUAUCAAAAACAUGGGAAUUUAUUUCUGUUAUAAAAAGUACAGUGUUAAAAUUAAAAAAAAAACAUUUGUGACCUAAAACAAGUCUGUGAGGUCAGAUUCAUCAGAUGUUAAGACGUCCCUUAAGUUUAUUAAAAUAGAAAAAUAAAACAAUAUAAGACACAACACAAGCGUGUGGAAUGACAAACGUUCAGGAAUGAGGCCGUUCGUGUUUCAGCAGUAACUACGAGUCGAUCACUUGAUGUGAACUUGGCACAGUUUAAAGUCACGAAAGCUUUUUUUAGAAAGAUGGAUUUAUCACCAUCAUCGCACACGAGAUUUACUUUUCAUUUGUGAAAUAUCUUAGCCAGAUUGCUGUCAGAUGUUUUACCGUUGUGAUUUUAAUACUCAUUCUUGCUCUGAUUAAAUUUUUUUAAUGAA